GGUUCCGUCGCCGCCAAAAUGUCCGUCCCGGGCCGAAUCAGCUGUUCGUGACGGGCGCCGCCGUCGGCGACCUUGAACCGCGGCAUCGCUCACCUGCGGCGGCAACGUGGGCGGUUGGACAGGUAGGAGUAACCUGGAAGGUGCGACCAAUCGCAUCGCACCUCGCGUGACCAAUGGCGAAGAGGCAAUCGUGUUCAUUGCCGCGGGCCAGAGAGGUGCGUUCCGAGAGUCUGGCUCUGGCUGGGGGUGUGUGUGAACGUCGCUCGUCCGUUCCGAAGAACGCGAUCUCUCACGUUUCUGGUUUGUGUUGUGCCCGUGUGGACGUGUGACGUGCCGAGGUGAACUUGAUGGGAAAUGGCAACGGGAGUUCCUGGGGGACCUAGGGGACGGAGGAAACAGGCCAAACCGCAGCGGAAAGGUACUCGGCCGUGCACUGACCCCUCAUUAUUAGACGAUAGUAUCAGCACCAUCCAUCAUCAGGCAAAACACGUGGAACUCGAGGUGCUCAACGGCGAACCCCGCAGCGACCCCCUGCCCGCCUCCAUGAGUCCCGACCCGAACCACAACGAGACCUCGGAGCCGCCCUCCGAGCUACACAAGCGCCUCAACGGCGUCCACAAGGAAGCCGCCGUCCCCGAAGAGGUCCUCAACGGCCUCAGCAUGCACAGUCCGCCCAAACUGCUCAAGACCGGGGGCUCGGCCGAGGACGGCCCCAACGACCUCAUCUCGGUGAAGGCCGCCGUCGGCGAGCAGUCCGAGGACGAGGAGAAGAUCAAGGAGUACCUCCAGAGGAGCGACACGGCCGUGAUUUACCCCGAACCUGUUGGUCAUCCGGAGAACGUUUCCCCCUUGACCAACGGAGUGAGCAAAGAAGGUGACGACCUGAACGCUGCCACCGAAUACUACAUAAAAUGUCCGCAAUGUCAGAAAGGCUGUCAGACGUUCCAAGCGCUCAAAGAACACAUGGAAGCAACACACUCGGAUCUGGCGGCGCCGCCCCCGGAGGUGGGGCCUCUGCCCACGUCGACUCCUGGGGCCGUGUCGCCGACGCCGACGCUGGCGGGCAGCGGGGGACCCUUCGGCUGCUCGCAGUGCACCACGUCGUUCGCCACCAAAGACCAGCUGGAAAAGCACGAGUUGCUGCACUCGCCCAACGCUCAAGUGUCCUGUAAGAUCUGCAACAAAACUUUCGCCAACGUCUACCGCCUCCAGCGACACAUGAUCAGCCACGACGAGAGUGCAGUGCUCAGAAAAUUCAAAUGCACGGAGUGCGAUAAAGCGUUCAAAUUCAAGCACCAUCUCAAGGAGCACAUCCGCAUCCACAGCGGCGAGAAGCCCUUCGAGUGCCCGAACUGCGGCAAGCGCUUCUCCCACUCGGGCUCGUACUCUAGUCACAUGACCUCAAAGAAAUGCCUCGUGAUGAACCUCAAGCUCGGGCGCACCCGCGCCCCCUCCAACGCGAGCUCGCUCCUCGACAAGAGCGCCCCGCCGCAGAGCCGCCCCCUCAAGCGCUCCAACAUCAGCCCGAUCAACAACAACCUCGCGACCAGCCCCAACCACAACUCGUACCUCCCCAUCCUGCCCAAGUACUCGGAGGCGGCAGCCGCCUUCCUGCAGUCGUCGUCCUUGCCGCCGUUCUACCUCGCCCCGCCCAAUUUACCCAUCACCCCCUACUCCAUGCCCAGCCUGGGCCACAUCUUCGAGCAGCUGCAAAGCAGCGCGUCGCCGCUGCGGGCGCCGGUGCUCGAGGGCGGCGGCGACGAGUUCGCCGCCCGCCGCACGCCCGUCAAGGAGGAGGCCGAGGAGGCGGCCAAGUCGAACGCGUCCAGCUGCGGCGAGCUGGUGAUGGACGAGGACGCGGAGGAGGCGCGCGAGGAGAAGGACGAGGCCGCCCCGAGCGGGGACUUGGAGGCGGUAAAGCGAAUCUUGGAGACUGUCAACGCAACCGUUACGAAACAGUUAUUGCAGGCCAACAUUCACAAGUUCUCGUCGGAGUCGUCGAGCGACUGCCAGAGUGUGGCGUCGGCGCACUCGCCGAAGCGGGAGUGCGCCUCGUGCGCGGCCUGCGGCAAGAGCUUCGACGGCGCGGCGUCGAUGGAGGAGCACGAGUGCGAGAAGAGCGAGGGGCUGGCGGCGAAGCUGGAGGACAUCGUCACGGUGAAGGAGGAGGCAGAGGAGCACGAGGAGAAGAUGCGGCCGGAGGACGACGAGAUGGACUGUGAGUCGGUCACGACCACGGACCACGUCUCCGAAGACGGCAGAAAAGUGCGCGUGCGCUCGCUCAUCUCCGACGAGCAGCUGAAAGUCUUGAAGGACCACUACAAGAUGAACCCGAGGCCGAAGCGCGAGGAUUUAGAGAAAAUCGCGGAGACGAUAGGGUUUCCGGUGAGGGUGGUGCAAGUGUGGUUCCAGAACACCCGAGCUAGAGAUAGACGCGAAGGGAGGUUGAUCCAGGUACCCUACAGUCCGGCGUUGAGAUACCCUCUGGUGCCUUCGACCCAAUCACUCAACCACAAAAUGAUCUCGUCUUUGAGUAUCUCGCCUCAGUACAUUUCCGAGCAGCCCUUGGACCUUUCCACGAAGAAAGGUCCUCCUUCCAUUGAUUCCUCUCCGACGAGCUCGCCGCGAAGACCCACUUCGGUUAACCAGUACCCGGACACCGGCGAAGAGGUGGUGAACCUGAGUCGGAAGUCCUCGCGAAGUCCCACCCCGUACGUCUAUCCUCACUACCAGAAUUCUAACUCGUCCGAGCCGAGACAGUCGCCUUCACCCAUCGACUUCAACAACAGCAGCCGCCUGGCCCAGAUCCUCGCACAACCAGCCCACAAACUGACCAUACCGGGAAUGGGACUAGUGCCCAUGGAGCAGUUAAUGCAACUAGGAGCGACAGAUCUACCGAGCUUGUCCCAACUGAUCAGCAAUCGCUUGAGUAGUUUGAGCCCGAAUUCGAAGAAGAGUGUGUGGAACGAGCGCGAAUUGGGGGAGGGGUUUUCGGAUGCGGAUGACCUAGCGAAGAGGAACAAGGUGUCGCAGUACGUGCUGAAGAGUCUGGGGAGUCCGGUGUUGGGCAACCAAGAGGUGGAAGUCGAGGGGCAGUUCAGCUGCGACCAAUGUGAUAAAUCGUUUUCCAAGCAGAGCUCGUUGGCGAGACACAAGUAUGAGCAUUCAGGGCAGCGUCCCCACAAGUGCGACGAGUGCCCUAAGGCCUUCAAGCACAAGCACCAUCUGACCGAGCACAAGCGUCUUCACAGCGGAGAGAAGCCGUUUCAGUGCGUGAAAUGCCUGAAGAGGUUCUCGCACUCGGGUUCCUACAGCCAGCACAUGAACCACCGGUACUCCUACUGCAAGCCGUACAGAGAGUAAAGGUGGCUGGGCCCGCACCAGUACUUAGAGUGACGGUACUAAUACUCCAAAGGAACUUGCCAAACGCGUAACUUGAGCCAAAUGUAAAUAGUAUUUAAAAAAGAACAGAGUUUAUAUAAAGAAAUAUUUAUGAAGCUAAGAUGAGGAAGCCAGCAGUUUUUCAUAUUCGGUCGGCAAUGGUCUAAGAAACCUCCAGUGUGCAAUUUGAGAUAUUUAUUUUCGUAAGGCACGUUUCCUAGAACAGUUGCCGCGGCAAUUCUUUUCCAUUGUAUUUCGAGGUUUUAAUUAAACUGUCUGUUUUUGUUGUUGAUGCGUGUCUCUGCGUUUAAAUUUAGCAUGUAAAUAAAUUGUCUGGUACCUGUAUAAUAAUACUCAGUAUACAGUCUAGCAGUGCCAGAGGAAUCAACUGUCUUCCACCACUCUGAAUUCCGGUGGUGUAACAGCAGGCGAGGGGGCACCAGGGCAAUGUUCGAGAUGUUAUUACGUGCAAUUCGAGUAUACAGGGUGGGUGGGUUCGCCCAUCCUGCGUUCAAAGCCAUUAGUUACCAUUGAUUAGUCAGGUGUAUAUUUUCGAAGCGUUCAUUGUGAUUGGAAAUUUAAGAUAUUAUUUUUUUAUUAAUUGCCGAUUGUAGAUAUGUAACAUAAAAUCUUGCUUUAUAAGUGCCAUACACCAACGAAUUGUAUAGCCUUUGUGUGAUUGUAGAUAUUUGGUUUCGAAACAUCGAUAUUAUAAUAGUUGAUAAGGUGUUCGUUAGAACGUUCGUAACCUGCCUUUAGUUCAUAAACAGUACAAUAAGGGCGGUCAGCAGCCACUCAUUCGAGGUGUUUACAUGACAAUACGUAGUGCUGAUAGAUUUUCAACAAUACAAUGAACAAAUGGUGCAACUCGUUACUCACUAACUUUUAUAAGCAUUUAAUUAAGGACCUAACGAUAAGUUGAUACAAAAACGGUGAUUCAGUUACCCAAUUUAGAGUACUUUAAAUAAACGAUGCAGAGUUAAGUAUAAUAAUGAAAUCAUUCCAAAUUAUGUACCUAAUAUAAUUAUUAUUUCCAGCGUGUGAGCUAAUGUAUAAGAUUUGUUGACAAUAAUGUAGCCAUUUGAUAUAAACCUAUUUACUUAGUACUGCUAAUGUUAAUUGAUAAAGUAGCAUUUAUUAUAAAAGAAAUCUCAAGGUAUGUGAGACUUUUUCGAAUAUUAAAAUAUGUAUACAAUAUAUAUAACAUUAAAGGAAUAUAAAUUUUAAUAAUUACUUAAGAUAUUCUAUGAAUUUCUGUGUAUAGGUAUUUCUGUAAAUAUUGAAUGUUUACUUCUACUUUACUCCUCCUGUCUCUCUCGAUCCUUAUUUCUACUCACUGCAUGCCUGACUUACGCUAGAAUCUAACCUAAACUCUCUUUAGUUACUUUUAUUAUCCAUUCUAUUGUAUCUUUAGUUAUUUUGUUUGCAUUUUAUCAUUGUUGUGUGUAUUUUUUUGUUAACUUGUAUUUUUUUACCAUGACGUGGCUAGUAUAACCAAAGAUUUUGUAACAUAUGCCAUAUAGUUUUAUGUAUAUUUUCUUUGUUUCAUUUCUAUGUCCAGUUUAUCUAACAUUAAUUUUGUUAUAUUAUAUUUUUUUACUUUAUAGAUUGUCUUGUAAAAAUGGUGAUUAUAAAGUAUG